AUGAUAUUUAAGACUCCCCACCACGUCAAGGUGGAAAUCACAUGGGUUCGCCGUAGAGACUGGCACAUCCUCACCUCCGGUAUGUUCACUUACACGAACGACGAGAGAUUCCAGGUUCUCCAUGCAGAAGGUUCCGAUGAUUGGACGCUUCAGAUCAAAUACGUGCAGAAGAGGGACAACGGUACCUACGAAUGCCAGGUCAGUUCCAAGCCAUACAAAGAUAAUAAGUUAUAA